ACCCCAACGUCUCCACCAUCACUGCCACCCCGGCUUAUCCUCCUGCACCCGCCCAUUCCACUCUCUAUCACUCACAGUCAUGUCGGACAUCAAGGUCGAAGGAUUCAAGUCUUCUGAAAUUUUGGCUGCACUCGCUUCCGUAUUUGAAGGCUACAGCGAAGCGGAGAAGAAAAGUCAGAUUAAGAAGACAAAUGGUAUCUUCGAGCUGCGGGUGAAGAACGCGGAAGGAAAGGAGGGUGUCUGGACUAUUGACCUUAAGACGACUGGUUCGGUAUACAAGGGCGAGCCGAAGUCCAAAGCUAACGUCACCAUCUUGCUGUCGGACGAGACUUUCACACAACUUGCUGAAGGCAAACUUGAUGGCCAGAAGGCUUUCAUGACUGGCAAGCUCAAGACAAAAGGCAACAUGAUGUUCGCAACCAAGCUUGAUGGCGUCUUGAAGGUGGCCAAGACCAAGGCCAAGCUUUAGAUCUUAUAUACCCUUUACUGUUGACUUGUAUGUAUCAUCACUGUAGAUUACCUUUUCAUUAUGCAUACAUACUCUAGAUAUCGAAACUGUUC